UCUCGCCGCUCGGGUUUGCAUAAGUGGCCGCACGUCAUUGGUCAACGUGUCUGGCGAGUGAGCCGGACGCGGCCAUAUGCAGCUGCCUGCGCGCCUGAACCCGUUAAACGCUUCUGCUCGCGUCGCACGAUGGCCACGUACAACGGCGUGCUAGAUGACCUGGUGAAGUGCCCCUACAACCCUUCCCACAAAGUGAAAAGAGGAAGGCUCAACAUACACAUCACGAAGUGCCGCAGGGAACACACCCGGUGCCGACUUAAGCCUUGCCCUUUCACCACUGAUCACAUGGCGCCCGCAAACGCCGCGGACUACCAGAUGCACCUGGCCAACUGCCCAGACCGGUCAUCUACUUUCUGCACAGCGACAAGGGACGAGCUGGACCCACCCUUUGACAUUCCGGUACCGGGUGGGGCAAAGGCGUUUGUUCCGGAGCCAGAGGAACGAUGGGACGUGGGCCCAUGUACCAGCAACAGCAGUGGCCCCAUCAACCCCUUCGAGCCGGCUGUGCCGCCGAUUUUCCGCACGGUUCAAGGGCUCAAGCCAGCAGAGCGUAAACGUUACUACCAGUCGCUGAGAGCGAGCGGCCCCCCGGUUGUCUACGUUCCUGGGCAGUACCCGGAAAUGGAAAUGCCCCCUAUGCCGAAAACAAUGCCCAAGUACCCUAUUCCGGGUUUCGUAAAAAGGGACCAAGAUAACAACGAGGGUGAACGGGACCUGGCCCCCCAACUGGGCGAGACCAGGGCUGUUGAGCCCCGGGCCGCCCCAACCCAGCCUCCCCAGGCCAGCCAGUUCAGGGCCGCCCAGGAUCAGCAUACCCCUCCUGCGCCGGGGUCUACCGUCGACGUGGACGCGCUUGUCAGGAGGCUGAUGGGGCUCGGCCGUGCCCGACCUCAGCCAAACUGAGCCCUGUCAAGGCGGUCUCAAAUGUCACUCGUCUUUUUUCUUUUUUGACAUUUACCCAGUCACUCUUGCCUUUAUUUUCUUCUUACCGGUUUUUUUCAGGCAGACUGAGUGUGAUAACAUAAAAGCUUCAAUAAAGUGUUUCUAACCAGAAA